AUGGCAUUGGCAUUCGAGAAUUAUGCAUCUGCUCCGCACGCUUACGACCACUAUGCAGCUUCAUCGUCGUCCCAGUCAUACCCAACUUCUACUCCUGAUCACCACGAUCUCAACCAGCCCGCGAAGACUGUAACGGCGAAAGAGCUGCUCAAUGACCCAUCUACAACGUAUCUCGUCACCCGCCUACCGACAGUGGCAACGUUAUCCGUGCAGCUGAACGCCGUCCAAGAGCCGUCGUACGACCCCGCGGGUCAAGUAGCAUGGUGCCACGAAGUGCUCGACCUCGUCCAGCGCACGCAGCGUCUACAGGCAUCUACCAGCAGCGUCAAUCCUGGCCGCCCGCCAUCAGGCACUCCCGCGCGCAUCGCAGAGCCGGACCUGCAGCGGCUCAUCGAUGUCGCAGUCCCGAUGCUCCUGAAACUCGCAGGGCGCAAGAAGGCGACGCAGAACUUUGUGCCCGGGUACAUCUCGGAGGCGAUCUACCUGUGCUCGACGUGCGAGGCGAGCGGCGCGUUCCCGCAGCACGUCGCGCACAACCCGAAGCAUGCGUUCACACAGUGCGAGCAGGCGGCGAAGGUGGGCUAUCACCCUGCAUGGCUCGAUCUCGCACGCGACUUUGAGAAGUUCGGAGAUGCCGUGCACGCGAGGGAGUGUUAUGAGCAUGGCGCGGCACACGCCGUCCCGGGGUGUUUGUUUCGAUUGGGCAUGGCUUACUUAUCGGGGCAGCUGGGCCUCCCGCGAUCGUCAGAGGAGGCACUGCCGCUGCUGAAGCAAGCGGCUGCCCUAUCCACCGUGGACACGCCGCAUCCGGCCUAUGUGUACGCUCUGCUCCUUCUCAACGAACUCCCCAACCUCUCCAUUCAGCCGUAUCUCCUCGCGUCCCACAUUCCGCCGGGCUCCUCGCCUGCGCUCGAGGCAAGGCGCCACCUCGAGCGCGCGGCGUACCUCGCGCACGCGCCCGCGCAGACGCGUCUUGGGGAGGCGUUCGAGCUUGCAGAUGAGGCCGGCGGUUUCCCAUUCGACGCCGUGCUGAGUGUACAGUACUACAGCUUGGCGGCAGCCCAAGGUGAUGCUGACGCGGAGAUGGCGCUGAGCAAGUGGUUCCUGUGUGGCUCCGAAGGCGUGUUCGAGCGUGAUGAGGAGCUGGCGUUCAAGUAUGCGGAGAGCGCGGCCAGAAGGGGAUUACCGAGCGCGAUGUUCGCAAUGGGGUACUACAUAGAGGUUGGUGUGGGAUCCGUGAAGGACCUGCCGGCGGCACAGAAGUGGUACCAGAUGGCAGCGCAGCAGGGCAACACUGAUGCAUCCGACCGCCUGAAUGCGCUCUCGCGAUCGAAGUCGCUCUCGCGCAAGGAGCACGAGCAGCUCACGGAGACCACACUCGUGCGCAAACGCACACAGGCCCGUAUGCGCUCUGAAGCAAAUCCUCGCCAGACCGCACAGCCCAUGCCCCCAGGUUCUGCUGCGUAUCCCCAGUACGAUCCCGCUGCCGCACCUCCCAUGCCCGCCCCCAUGGCGGCCGCACCGCACCGCAUACCCUCUCUUCCCCCGCAAGCUGCAUAUGCUGACGCCUACCCAGCAGUAGAGGUGCGUCCCCUCGCACCGCGUGGCCGGUCGCCUCCUCAGCAACAACCCGGCUUCCCAUACCUCAACGGGCCUUCACGAAUCCGUGAGUCCUCUUUGGGUCCGGGCGCGGCACCUGUACGAGGAGCCUCUCCCGUUCCCCCGCGCGGUUACCCCGCCGCAGCGCCAGGCUCGCGCGGGGCAUCGCCCGCACCCGGGCCUGAAUCCCAUGCAAACCAUCGCAGGUCACAGUCUGCGGCUCCAUACCCACCUGCGACGAUGAAUUCCCAAUACCCCGCGCAGGGCUCGCGCAACUCUGCCCGUGUGCAAUCGGGUUCCCUCCCUGUGCCUCAGUCGCAGCCGGCGUCCCGUGCACCGAGCCCGGGACGCCCACCGAUGCAAGCGACGUACCGGGGCGCGCAGACUUUCCAGGACAUGGGCAUCUCCACUGCAAAGGUGAAGGAGGAAAGCUGUGUCAUCAUGUAA